AUGUGCAAAACUAUUCCCCGAGGUAAAACUAAACACUAUCGAGUGUUACUAUUCCCCGAGGCAAGACUAAACAUUAUCGAGUGUUUUGUUAUUCCCCGAGGCAAGACUAAACACUAUCGAGUGUUUUGGUGUCCCCGAGGCAAAACUAAACACUAUCGAGUGUUUUGGUCUGAACAACCCCGAGGCAAGACUAAACAAUAUCGAGUGUUUUGGUCUACCAGAGGCAAGACUAAACACUAUCGGGUGUUUUGGUCUAAGCACCUUGGGAACCUGAAAAGAAAGCGGGACGUCCUUCGCAACAAUGCUGAUCAGACUGGAAGAACGGAAGACGUACAAGCCUGGAGACGGCAGUCAGCUUCUGUUCUAAGACAAGCCAUCUUACAAGCUAAACGGACUUCCACUAUGGCAAGCCAUCUUGCAAGCUAA